CUGACCAAAUCCUCUUUCAUGCCCUUCUUUAAGUGACUGAACCAGGCCAUCUCUUUCCUGCAUCUCUGCCUCUCCUCUCGCCCUACUGUCACACCUCUCCUUCCUACUUUCCCGGCGCCUCACUUCCAUUUCGCCCGCCUAUAGUAGUAAGACAAUGACUUCCCGCCCCCGACAUCUGCUUGACCUUCCAGACGAAGUCCUGUGCUUGAUUCUAGCAUACUGUUGCGAGGACCUGGAUUUCCUUCUAUGGUUCUGUCCCCUGGUUGGAACCAAGAACCAACUCUGCCAGGAUUGCUAUCACUGCACCUUGUGCUACAAGUCUAUCAGUAGAAAACAGGCCAGCCAAAGCCCUUCCCUCAACACCAACACGAUUACAACACGUGGGUCUGCACCCUCCGACAACAUUGUUACCACUAGCGUCAGCAAUGUCCCAAAUAGAGUGGACAACUGCAGCAUAGAUGACAUGAGCGGCAUGAGUGGCAGUAACUCGAACAAUGAAACCAGUAAUGAGACCAUCCUCAGGAAAAGGAGGCGACGAACCAUUGCAGACAAUUGUCAAGGAUUGACUACCAGUGAUAGCUUUAAUACGCUACCAGCCUGGGAUCUCUUUCAGGGCCCUGAUUGCGUAGACAUUGGCGGUCUGAGGUGCCAAGGGAAUCAAAUCGAACAUUGCCACCAAUACUCGUCGGUUUCAGAUGAUGGCAGGUCAUUUUGGUCGCGUCAUUUUACGCGAUUCCUCCUGUCCUCGCGGCUCCGCAUGCCUACUCGCCCCGAAAACCGAGGUCAACAACAAUCCGCACCCCCGGCUAGCACCAUUGCCUCCAUGGAAACCAUGGCUAUGUCACAGCCCUCUCGGUCAAUCUCACGUCUAGCUGGCAUCGAUCCCUUGAAGUUGCCCAUAGCUCCCAUAGCCGACACAACCCUAACAGCAACCCGAAUACCUACAGCAGCGUUGUCACCCAUCGCUUUCCUCGGAUCAAUACCCCUGUCUCGUCGCGACGUCAGCUAUGUAGCCUUGCAGCCAAGUGAUCGAGACAGGGGCUUUGAGGGGGUUCAGCUCAACGAAAAGGAGCGUACGAACGCCUUUAACGCCGUUUCACUUGCAACACGACUACGACCAAGAAGCCUCAGUGCUGCAAAUUGGUCCUAUUCAAGGGCCACCAGAUCGUGUAUACCGUCGACAUUAGGGGCUGUUCCCACGAUCGUCUCCAAAAAGGUCGAUUCAAGAGGAGCAAAGCAAUUUUCGGUUGUUAUCGAUAGCGCCACAGCUGACAACGGCGUCCAUGACCACUUAGUCAAUGCUGCGAAGGUCUCGACACCAUUCCAUCUCCUUUUGGUGAACAAAAGACUUGCAGGCCUUGCCGUGCAAUCACUCUGGAAUGCAGCUGUAUUCCAUGGUCAUGACGUUUGCCAGAUGGAAUCGCUUCUCUCAACCAUCACUGAAUCUCACUCUGGUGUUCAACCCCAUCGUUCUGAAUCAGGCAGAACCAACGAGAAACAUACGGACCCUGAACGGAGACGCCUCUCUGGGUUCUGUGCGACUACUCACAAAAAAAUCGAGCCCGCCAUCAGCAGCAACGCACUGGCCAAUUCAUUCCGUCACUUUAUUCGCGACAAGGAUCAAGGCGCACAAUUGGGCAACGAUUUCAUCGGAUUGUACAAGAUGUAUCCACCAGUAGAGGGGGCUGCACACUCUGUUUCGAAAAGUGAUCCAACGCAGAAGAAUCGCGUAGCAGUCGCCAUCAAGUCACCCUCUCUCCCGCCGCUGUGGCCCUACCAUCGUCAUGUAAAGCGCGUCGUGUUAAACUUUGCUCAUCCCCAGGCAUCCCCACAGAUGCUCGUCAAGGUGCUCGAGCGCAUUGGGUCCUGCUGUCCGGAUCAAAUUCAGUCACUGGAUUUGCACGCUAACGAAAAAAUGCAGGCCGCAGGACUUGAAUCACCCGCAGAACUGGAGCGACUUUUCGGAUCAAAUUUUUCAAAGCUCCGCUACCUUCGAUUGCAAGGAGGAUUCAUUGACAACCAGCUGCUCGGCGCUUUACUCAAGGGGUUCGCAACACCAGCAUCGCCACGGUGCCGUCUCUCACAGGUCUUUUUAGGUCCUGGCUCGGUCACGGACAGCGCUAUCGAUAAACUGAUCGCAGCGGCAAGCCACUCUCUCGAGGUUUUAACAGUAACAAGCUGUGUCGAUAUGAGCGGUGGAGCCUUGGCCAAUUUACUGACAAACUGUCCCAAGCUGCGAGUACUAAGCGUUUACAAAGUUCUAGCCAGGGAUAAAGAACUUUUGGAGGGACUUGGCAUCGAUAUGGAGAACAAUGGCACUCAGGGGUCGGCUCUAGAGUCGAUGAUAUCCUAUCCAAGCGCCCCAUCAAGGAGGGAGAUUGUCGCGCCUCUUGAGCGACUUGAACUCGGAACUGUCAAGCUGACGAUUGUAGGCGUCGCUGAGAUCAUUCGAGGCACUUGCCAGACCCUGCGAUACCUGGUCCUGGAAACACAGCAUCUCAAGGAUGAUUUCUUGAGAGGUGUCGUUGCCUCAUUGUGCAAGAGGCUGGAGGGUCUGCAUUUCGACGACACAAAUCACCCAGCGCAGCCUCAGCAACGACAGUCGAUGCAAGGAUAUAUAUCCAACCGAGAGCAGCGAAGGCGGAGACGAUUUUUUGACUUCGGACGAACCAGAGGAACACUGGAAACCCAGCUACACUCUUUAGUGCACCAUGCACACAUGCCAUCAGUCCAUCAUGGUCAAGCAUCAUAUCAUCUCUUACGACGAAAUCGCGUCGCGAUCAGAUCUAUCCCAGCACCUCGACAAAGCCCAUGGUUAGGCGAUACCACAACUGAAGAAUGGGUCCUGUACGGAGAUUGCUCUCUGUGGGCAAUGAGCUCCAUUGGAUCGUCUACUGCUGCCGAUAACGGUGGUUCAUGGAAUACCGGCGACACCAGGGAUGGCUCGCCAUCUGCUAGCCGAUCGCGGGUGAAGGGCAUCUUCCUGUUUGUCAGGGCCAUUGGUCGCUGCCUUGUUUCCCUGCUUUCAGACGGCCACAGUCACGGAGGCAAUGUCACUGCUUCCCCAUCACAAGUGACCCUCGAUUCGGCCUUGGCAUCCACGUCGGAUUCUGACACUAGUUCUGAUGCUGGCUCGCAAGACAACUACGAGAUCCUACUGGGGCGGUUCGGAGUCGAUCCACGAACCGUUGAAGUCUUGAUAAAGACCCUUCAGCCUUCUCUCAGAGCGUUUACCGCUCUGCAAACGGAUCUGAUUGCAGGACAGGGAAAGGCUUCAGCUGAGCUCAUUGUCGCGACUGAGUGUUCUACAGCUGUAUCUGCCAAUUAUCUCACGCUGGUAGACAGAGACGAGAUCCAACUGAGACUUGUUAUGCUCUUAAGCGUUCUUGUUCUGGGGAUCGUAGCAUCCUUGAACACACAAAAGUUGUAAUAUUUUUUUUAGUAUAUUAAUAUAAACGGGGGUUCUGAACUGCAUUAUGACUAAAUGGAGAUAUGACUCAAUGGCGGCUCAAUUCGCGCGUAUCCAGCC